AUUUAUCCCCAUUAAAUACAAUAUCGCUUCAUGCUUGGAAAAUAUCGCUAGAUGCAUGUAGCUACAUAACGCAACAUGAGGGCACUUUUUCGUGAGACUGUGGAUGGUUUUAUCUUCUGGAGUUUCUUCCAGGCUCUGGCACCCAUGAUAUGGUUUUACCCAUUAAACGACUUAGAAAUUUCCGGGUAUGAGGCGUUUGCAGGAUUUUGGUUCCUUCCAGUCAUCUGUGGCAUUCCAGGAGUUUUACCUUUAUUCCAAAAUAAAUGGAUGACUUUGAUUCUUAGAUUGAUAUCUGUUGGAUGUUUGUCGUCAUUCCAAGCUCCGUCAACUCUAUCGAGACUGAUCAUUUUAGCUGCAGGAGCUGGGGUAUCCAUGUUAGUUUUUACUGUACAGCUUUCUAACAAAAACAAACAAACUUGUUACUUUUAUUACAGAAGUUUAAUCCUCGGUCUUUUUGCUUUGUUAUCCAGUCGUAUUUGGUUCCUUACAUUUAUACCCACUUGGUGGUCGAACAACACAAAUAGUAUCGUCAUUGCUUUAGGAGUCAUCGUUUCUUUAGACCUGUUUAUAUCACACGGGGACGUCAAACCAACCAAGGGUGUGUCAGAAGAUCCGUCGAAAUGUCCAAAUUGGCUUUUUUUAUCUCUUGGAAUGGGUAGUAUGUUGUUUUGCACCCAUUGGUGUUUUGGAGAAGUGUCCAUCAUAACGAGAUGGGUCGUCAAGGGCUACCCUGAUUCUGGACCUGCACCCGUUCCGUGGGGGGCACCUGUUCUUAUUGCACUGUUAGUGGGUGUGUUUUUGUCGGAUUAUCCAGGAAUCAGUGGUAGUUAUCUAUGGUGGCUUGUCGGAAGUGGAGCAUUCGCUGGUCUGUAUUAUCUUCCUACUUGGCAAGGUUAUGGUGCAGGUCUCAUCCUUGGUGUUUAUGUAAUGACAAUCUGGCCUCGCCUCAUCCACGGCUUCUCAAAAUGUCCACCUGCAAGAUCAGCUUUUGUAACUAUGGCAACUUACAUUUGUCAGGUACUCUUUUCCGUUUGGACUGUUGCAUACAACUUUGUUCCAGGAGGCGUGUAUACACGAGAAGCGACAAGUUAUUUGAUUUUAUCUGUUAUGUUUUUUAUUUUACUGGCGUUGAUUGCCGACAGACACACAACGAAACUAUUUAAUGGAAUUGAACUCCAUUAUAGAAAAUCAAGCAAGUUGUGGCUGAUAAUUUUGGUUUUGAUUGGAUUGAUUGGAAUCGGAUACAGGCAUAAAUUACUAUCCGAAAAGUUAUCAGCGCUAAAACCAUCCACAAAACAGUUUAGUUCUGCAAUAUGGACAUAUCAUUUCGGUUAUGACAACAGAGGAUGGCCUAGUUUGGAACGAUCAGCAGAUUUUCUUAAUAAAACGGAAGCAGAUGUUAUAACUCUCUUAGAAAGCGAUGCUUCAAAGACAUUCUUGGGAAAUAACGACCUUGGGACGUGGCUCGGAGAAAAACUGGGAAUGUAUGUUGAUUUCGGAGUUUCAACUCGUGAUCACACCUGGGGUAAUCUUAUUUUAUCAAAGUAUCCCAUAAUCAAAUCCGUUCCUCACAUGCUGCCAUCACCUCAUGGAGAACUGGCUCCCGCAAUUACAGCAACCAUAAAUAUAUCAGGAACACCGGUCGACUUUGUCGUGACACACAUGGGCAAUGAUCGGGACGUAAUUGACAGAAAGCUGCAAGCUGAAUAUUUAGCUAAAGAGCUACUCAAUAGCGAUAAUCCUGUAGUUUUCAUGGGUUACGUGACAUCAGAGCCAUUCAGUCGGGAUUACACACAAUUGAUCAGGAAAGGUAACGUGAAGGAUAUUGACAGCUCGGAUCAUGAUAGAUGGUGUGAGUAUAUUAUGUAUAGGGGUCUUGUGAGACUUGGUUACGCUCGAAUAACUCACGGAGGAUUGAGCGAUACAGAGUUACAGAUGGCCAAGUUUCAGAUACCUGACAAUAAGAACUAUAAAGAUAACAAAAGAACAGAGACCAGAACAAGAAAAAUUGAUCAGAAAAUUUUAUUUAAUUCAUAUUUUGGUUCAUUUUUUCCUUCUCAUGGUUAUUUUGAGAAUCAUGGCUUCCACAUGAGCACACCAAAAUAUUUUUUGCCAUAAUAUUGUCACAACAGAAAAGUUGAUUAUUUGUGUUGUGUGCUGCUACAAAUUAUUUAUAUUAGAGGACUAAAUCUAUUUGUUAAGGCCAGCUCAAUUUUUGUCAAGGUCGCUGAGAUGUAAAUAAGGUUAGGGCACGUGAUUGUUGGCGAGAUUAUAGGUUAGGGUUAGGGUAAGCAUUGGGGCUAGGUCCAGGGUUAGGGUUGGGAUUAGCACUAGCCCUGUUUACAUCUCGUGACCUAUGACGAAAAAUUAAGCUGGCCUUAUCAUUUAGCACUAACCAUAUUAGAGAACGGUUACGUCUUUAGCAUUUGGAGUACCCCAAACCAAUCAAAACUAUUGCUCCCUCUAGCUCCAUGUCAAUAACUGAGAACUAUUUAUGGACAGUAUUCUUGUUCUGUGGCUCGAGGCAGGCUAGGGAGGGAGACUCAAACCACCCGAAUAGUUGAGGACUAUGGACAGUAUACUUGUAUACUUGUUCUGUGACUGGGGAGGGGGGAGGGCGUCGGAUGGCCGAAUGGUUAGUGUCCAACCUUGUGCGUUUUCUCCAGGUCCUCCGGUUUCCUCCCACUACUAAAGACUCCUACGCGAAAGCGAAUUAUUGAAAUAAAAUUGAACCAUAUGUUAGUUUGUGUAGAGUGAGUCCAUCUCUCUCUCUCUCUCUCUCUCUCUCUCUCUCUCUGACUUGGGAAGUUUAAGGCUCAAACCACCUGAGCUGAGAACUAUUUAAGAGCCAAAUACUAGUUCUACGGCUACAUCUCUUAAACAUGCAUUAUGCAAGAGCAAAAUCUGCCUAUUACAAGUCUUUCUUUAGGCCUGAAAUGUUAUCUAAAUGAUCAAUUAGACACUAAUUAACUUAUCCAGACCAUAAUAAACUCUCGAUGCAAAGGCUAGCCUUCAAUGUUGGCUGGAUUAGAUUCCUAUAUGCCGCUAACGGCUAUUGAUAAUUAAAUCAAUAAAAGCAGAUAAUCGAGACUAUGCUGUUUAUAUUAAUGAUUUUAGUAAUGAUGACCGAGAUGAUGCAAAAAUUUCACCCGCUUCUUUCUUGGCUCAUAGUGGAUCAAUUUGACUGAAAUUUUCAGCAAAUUACCUUUACACUAUCUAGUUUUUAACUAUUAUAGCGAGAACUGCCAUCUCUUUAUCUUAUCUCCCAUAACGUAUCUUUAAUGCAAGAAUAACCAAGAAUUAUCACUUUUCCAUGUGUUCUGUUUUAAUGCCAAAAAUAAUAAUUUGUAGGUCAUGUAUAUUUCUUGUACUUAAAUGAGGUUUUAUAAAAAGCUCUAUUAAAAUUUAAGCUUUAAUUGAAAAUGUAUCAAAUGUCAAAUUAAGCAGAUGUUAGUGAUGUUAUGAAUGCAACAUUUAACUUCAUGUGGCAUUCAGAAGAAGGCAAUAAUUACGGACAGGGUUAUUGCUCUUGAAUGGUUAGCGUGCGCGCGCUGUAUCAUAAAGUCUGUCAUUGAGUCGACUGGCGUGGUUUCGUAUCCCCGGUUGUACGUGGCAAGGAGUAGGGUCGCCUGUCCAACCUCGUGGGUUUUCUCAAGGUCCUCCGGUUUCCUCUCACUGCUAAAGACUCCUACGCGCAAGCAAAUUAUGUAAAUAAAAUUAAACCAUAUGUUAGUUCCGAAACCACCUAGUUUGUGUCGAGUGGAGUUAAACCUAAUUUCUCUCUCUCUCUUUACAAAAGAAUAAAUCACGACUUUGUUACUUUAAAUGUACUUAUUGUUGUAUCUUUUACCUUUUUAAAUCAAAUGAGAAUAACCAUGGGUUCAGUUUUAAUGCCAAAAAUAAUAUAUUGCUUGUAGUUAAACUAGGUUUACCAAAAACUCUGUAUAAAAGUUGUAAUUUCAUAUUUUUAAGUUAUAUUUUUAAGAUUUAUUAAAAUAAAGCCUCAAAAUAGAUGGUAUCUAUAAACAGUCCUACCUUGUUAAAGAAUAAUCCUAUUAAUCCUAUAAUUCACUAUUGCCAGUUGCGAAAUUGGCAAAUAUAUCAUUUUCAUCUUCAAAUUCCAACGUUUGAAGAUAACUACUCCAUGGUGGAGAAUAGAAAACAAGGGAGGUAAUUGGGAGGUAAUUGUGUUAUUAUUUCCGGUGUAAAUGAGUUUUAAGUGUGAGAAUGACACCUAUGAUCGUAUAAUAGUGAGUUGACAACCUAUUGAGCAAAAGACAUAGAAAUAAUUAUGUUUUGACUUUCUUAGAAAAUAUGAAAUUGUAACUUUAAGCUUUAAGAUUUUAUAACACACUAAUCUGAUUUUGACAAUUUGAGUCGAAAACACAAUGUAUUGAUUACUUUGAGAAGUAUUUCUUCAGCUUCCAUUUUUAUAUAUAAUAAA